GUUGGUUGUACUAGGUGCAUCUUGUCAUCGGACUAUGGACCAACGCUAGAUGGGCGUGAUUUGAUCAACUCUUAAAUAAAGCCAAAUGGUAAAAACAAAGAUAAAAGCAUCUGAAGCUAGUGUGUUUGUAACACUCAUUCAGUAAAAUGGCAAUCUUUUCACAAUCCACCAUUGACAAGGGAUCUGACAUUUUCCAAGACUUCUUGUGCUCGACCUGUGAAGAUAAGAAACUGGAUAAUACAGCUGAUUUCUACUGUGAAUCUUGUGUUAAGUUUUACUGCGGAACAUGUAUUGGCAUGCACAGCCAGUUGUUUACAAAACAUGCCCCCUUUGGAAGGGAAGAUAUGAAGAAAUGGCCAGUGACCAAGAAGGUGGAAGAUUUUCUUCUGAAAUGUGAUGUCCAUAAAGAAGAAAACCUUAACAUGUUUUGUGAUAAACACAGUGUGCUGUGCUGCACAAAUUGUGCAUUCCUUAAUCACAGGAACUGCCCAAAGGUAACUCUUAUAUCGGACAUAAUAAAAAGUAAGUCCACAAACCUUAAACAAAUGCUAGUUUCUAUCCAAACAAUUCUGGAAGAAAUAAAGAAACUUCAAGACUACCAGGAGGCUAGCAUUCAGUAUGUACAAAGUUCAUAUGAUGAGCAGUUACAAAACAUACAGGAAACUCGACGAAAAAUAAAUGCAUCUCUAGACAUGAUUGAACAGAAGACGCUGAAUGAAAUGAAAGAUACUCUAACCAAACUAAAAGCCUCUUCCAAAAGUGAUAUUGACAAAUGCAUCGGGCUUCGGAAUGAAUUGAAACAACUUCGAGACGCCAUACAGGACAUUAGUGAUAAAAGCAAACUGGAACUAUCCUUUAUAGCCAACAGGAAAUGCAAGGAUAAAAUACAACAGUCUGAAACCUUUCUGAAGGAGAACUCUCGUCAGGUUAGAGUUUCAAUAACAUUUCAGCCUAACAGUGAAAUUGUACAGUACAUUUCCAAUCAAUCAGGUCUUGGGAGGAUUGAACACAGAACCCAGACAUUGAUGGUGUUCACUGGACAGGGGAAGUCUGUGCUAAAUGUGACACAAUCAAAUGAAUGGUUUAAUAGCAAUAUGAUAGCCAUCUGUGUUCUCCUGGAUGGACAGGUCCUUGUUGCAGACUGGUUUAAUAAGAAUGUCAGGCUUCUUGACCAGCAGUACCAGGUAGUGAGUCACUGUAGUGUGACUACCUGGCCAUGGGAUAUGUGUCAGGUCACACCCAGUGAGGUGGCUGUGACUGUGGAUGAUCAUCCCAACACACAUGAGGUCCAGUUUAUCACAGUCAAAAACAGGAAGCUGAUGACCGGAAGGAAGCUUCAGAUACAACAUACCAUUCAGGGUAUAGCCAGCCACCAAGGAGACCUGUAUAUUACUUCUAGGACUUCACUGUACAAGUACACAAUGAGAGGGAAACAAGUCAGCAAGAUGUAUGAAGUAAAUCAGGUCGUGAAACAGGUAAAACUCAUAGUGGAUUAUUUGGAUAUGAUUAAGAAUACGUUGAUCAACUAGAUUUAUAAUGUACCAUCAAUGUAUUUAAUUUCAGCUGAAGUUACGAAUACAAGUUAAUAUUUGUUGCUUCAGACAUUCUCUGUAUACCAUGCCUAUAAAUGUGUGUGAAUUAACUUAAUUUAAAUGUGUGAUGUUUGUGUUAACAUGAUAUUAAAUUUCAUGGAUAAGUAAAAUCGGGGGUAUUUGUUGGAUAUUAAAAUGUUUGGGUUUUUAUGUCUGAUAUAUAAGAAUUUGGGAAUAAAAACAUUUUGUUUUGUGACUGAAUGGAAACUACAAAAAACAUGUCUGUUAUAUCAUAUUGGUUUCACAGUAGACACUGCAUUCCUUCUGUUUACUAUUUGUAACAUGUAUUUUUGAGUGUUUAUGUUUUUGUAAUUUAAAU